GGCCAACCCCUGCCCUGACCCCGUCCCGUCCCGCAUACAGCCAAGGCAACGAACGAAGCAGCGUGGAGGGAGGAGCUUCAGGAGGAGGAGGAGGGGAAAGGCAGGAGGGUCCAAUCCUGUGUCCUGCAUUCUAAGCCGCCAGAGGGAGGUGGAUCUGAGAGGAGGAGGAGGAGGAGGAGAAGGAGAAAGGGUGGAGGGGAGACCAGCUGGGGGGGACGACAAAGAGAGACUUGCUGCUGCUCUUCAGGGGCUCCUUGGAGGAGUCCGGAGUCGGAGGUGAGAGGAAGGCGCCCCGCCUGCUGCGGAGAGAGCACCACCAGUCCAGCCUGGACUCUUCCUACCUGGCGGCUGAACGCUUCGGAUCCAGAGGGAGAGUCUGAGGUCUAGUGCAAGAGGAGAGAGCUGCAUGAGACGUCACCUGUGUUCUUAAAUACACAGUGACCACCUGCCCAACCUGAAGGACUCCUUACUGGCUGCUGAACUCUUUGGAGGAAGAGGAAGGUGAGAGUUGGGAAAGGAAAAAUGAGGAGGAAACCAGCAGGGAAUUUAUGAGUGGUGCCAAAUAGGAAAAGAGGAAACAAUACAAAGUAAAACCACGAGAGAAAAAAGGAAGAACAGAAAUGGAUAACCGGUUUCUCAGCAUAGGGUAAAAAAAAAAAAAAUGCAGCAAGAAAGAGAUGCUUCACUUCUGAACCAAGCUUUGAACUGCAGUGCGAAAUGCAAACAGGUGAGAAACCACAUAAAUGCUGUGAGUGCGGAAAGAGCUUCAACACUCGUGGACAUCUUACCGUACAUUCUAGAACCCACAGUGGUGAGAAACCAUAUAAAUGCUUGGAGUGUGGAAAGAGCUUCAGGCAGAUUGGAGCACUUACUCUACACCAUAGAUCCCACACUGGGGAGAAACCACAUAAAUGCUUGGAGUGUGGAAAGAGCUUCAGUGGCAGAGGACACCUAAAUAUACACAGUAGAACCCAUACUGGGGAGAAACCACAUAAAUGUUUGGAGUGUGGAAAGAGCUUCAACCAGAGAGGACACCUAAAUAUACACAGUAGAAUCCAUACUGGGGAGAAACCACAUAAAUGUUUGGAGUGUGGAAAAAGCUUCAGCAUGAGUGGAGCUCUUACUUUACACCGUAGAACCCACACUGGUGAGAAACCAUAUAAAUGUUUGGAGUGUGGAAAGAGCUUCAGCAUAAAUGGAAAUCUUACUGUACACUAUAGAACCCACACUGGGGAGAAACCACAUAAAUGCUUGGAGUGUGGAAAGAGUUUCAGUGGGAGAGGACACCUAAUUAUACACAGUAGAACCCAUACUGGGGAGAAACCACAUAAAUGCCUGGAGUGUGGAAAGAGCUUCAAUGAGAGUGGAGCUCUUAACAGACACCAUAGAACCCACACUGUUAUUCCAGAUCACAAAGGGAAUCUACUAAGGGAAUCUACUAGCACUAUUCCCCAAGAAUUAUCCAAUUUUGAUAAGUGA